CACGGUCUCGCCUGUUCUCCACGCUGCCUUUUCAUCCAAUAAUUCAAUCCAUCGGUAGCUCAUCCUAUUGACGCAGUGAGAUAAGAAUGAAUCAACAGCGGCUGAUGACUGAGUUCCUUCACCCAAGCUCUACUGCGAAACAAGACCCUUCACCCCAAUCCGGAAGCAAAGCGAGAAACAUAUCGCCACGAAAAUGCAAAGUCGCAUCGCGUCACCAUAUCGAAAGUGGCGCAGCUUCAGCCUCCCCCUUCUUCCUUCUGCCCCCGGAGAUCCGUCUCUACAUCUAUCGCCAUCUUCUCAUCUCAAAGAACUACGCCGAACUUAACCACUGCUCUAAAAAGUUCCGUCUCAUCCCCAAAGAACCAUGCGAUUGCCCUCUCGAGAUUCACCCCAAGAUUCUACAGACUUGUCGGGUGGUGAACAAAGAAGCUACGCCCAUCUUGUACUCGGAAAACGUUUUUCGGAGAGGCUAUUGUUGGCCGCGCCACUAUGUUGUUGGCCGAGGACGCAGGAUGUGGCCGAUUUGUGAUACGUCGCCUCUGAGCAAGGUUAAUCUCGCCUAUAUCUCACGGUUACACCUCUUUCGAGAUUACGAUCACUGGUUCCGUGAUGGGGAGCUCAAGAUCUUCAAUGACGUUCCGCAUCUGAAAGAUCUCGAUAUUCACAUUGAUCAGAAUGAUUGGGCUGAUGAGAUCAACAUGAGCGAGCUUCCAUACCAAACCCUCAAAGCAAUCCGCUCAAAUCUUCGAUCCUUCAAAAUGGAAAUCCGUCUCGAUUUCCACGAAAAAGAACAUACAGACUGGCUAGCCAAAUGCAACCGCAAGACGGAGAACUUCAGUCUUCACUUAGACAAGAAACGCGUGCUGGAGACAUGGUUGGAACACGAGGGGCUGUUUACUGAUAGAUCACUUUUCUGGAGUUUCAAAACGCAGCGCUCAGAGUGGUGCGGGCCGUCGUGUUACAUCAGUUUUGCUUUUGAUGAUAAGCGCAAGGAGCAUGAGUAUAUCGAUUUGCAGGUCUGGGAUGACAGUGAGGGGAAAUUUGGGAGGCUAAAGACCUCCGAGGAGAAUGCGAGUUCGUUGGUUUUAAGGGAAUAAGCAAAGAAAUAAAGACAUUCUUUUAAUGAAACAUCGUCGACCCGUCCCAAGAUUCGA